AUGGCUGCCAUCUACGGUUAUCACAAUGCUGCAAUUGAAGUAACAGAUCAGCAAAACAAUGUGUACAUGGUCGAGGCACACCCAUGGAUUACAAACGAGGAAUUCGCUGCUAGAGUGCUGAGGCACAGAGGAAUAGGAGACUCAAGCGGAUGGACCGUCGAAGUGGAGGCGGAGAAAAUGCUAUACUGUCCGACGGGUGCACAUUUUCUGUUCGAUGUAAUUUCCGAGAUCGAGCUGGGCAAGGAAGAGAAUAAGAGAUCAUUUUUCUAUAAUUACUCGUCGGAACGCACACUCCCUCCUGUGAACCAAAACAAGACCGAGAACAUCACUGAACCACCAACAAGAAUCUUGAUCUAUAAAAAUGUGAUCACGCGUAGUUUCUACAAAUCAUAUACCUUGUACUGUAAACAUGGAUUCUUUCGAACCGUGUUCCUUUAG